CACUUUUCUAUUGAAUGUUAUAAGCAUUCUAGUGGCUUUGUCGAGCUGUAAGAGCGAGAAUGUGGCUUGAAAUUGCUGCUGUCGCUACUAUCAUUGUGUGGUACUUUUAUUUUUGGGACAUAAAACCAAGACACUUUCCACCAGGUCCAAAAUGGCUGCCGUUCGUCGGAAACCUAUUUGAGUUUUUGCAACUACACAAAAAACUGAAGUACGUGCAUUUGGUUUGGCAGCAUUGGGCCGAAACCUAUGGACCGAUUGUGGGAGUCAAACUCGGCCUGGACACAAUUGUCGUUAUUUCCGAUUACAAAUUGGCCAGUGAGCUGUUGGCCCUCAACGAGUACGAAGGUCGACCAGACGGCUUUCUCUUCAGGCUCCGAGCGUUCGGAAAACGUCUCGGAGUUGUUUUCACCGACGGUCCUUUUGGCUUAGAGCAGAGAAAAUUCUGUUUGAAGCAAUUAAAGUUGAACGGCUUUGGGAAAAGUUCAAUGGAAGAUCUUAUUGGCCAAGAAGUAUCUGAGUUCUCAGCUUACUUAGCGAGUAAAUGUGGUAAAGGACUUCAAGAUAUCUACCACACAAUAAACGUUCAUGUGAUGAACGUGCUGUGGUCUAUGAUUGCUGGGAAACGUUUUUCUCACACAGAUGAAAAACUGACUUUACUCCUUGAGCAGAUACACACGAGCUUCUGUUUACAGGACAUGUCGGGAGGAGUUCUCAACCAAGUGCCGAUUUAUCGGUUUUUUGGCGCAGGAAAACAAAUUUUCAAUAAACACAAACAUGUUGUUUCUUUACUCAAUUCGUUUUUAAAGGAAACAAUAGAUGAGCACAGGAUCAACCUUGAUCCUGAAAAUAUAAAUGAUGUGAUAGAUGCUUAUUUGCUUGAAAUUCAACAGCGAAAUUCUGAGAAUGAUUUCAGCUUUACAGAAGAUCAACUGAUCGUCACUCUCAUGGACCUUUUUAUGGCAGGGUCAGAUUCAACUACAAACACAAUUAGUUUUUUGGUAGAAAUGCUGACUCAGCACCCAGAUGUGCAGCAGCGAGCGCAAAAUGAGAUCGACUCAGUCUGUAGAGGACGUGACGUUUGUCUAGCAGACAGGAAACAACUUGACUACGUAGAAGCAGUGAUUAUGGAAGUGCAGCGGUUCUGUAACGUAGCCCCAUUGACAAUUCCUCACAGAACGAAGGAAAAAGUAAAACUCGAUAAAUACAUUAUUCCUAAGGACACAACAGUGCUGGUCAAUUUGUACAGCAUUCACAUGGACAACAAGUACUGGCAAGAUCCCGAAACUUUCAGACCUGAACGCUUUUUGGACUCAGAGGGAAGAGUCAAAUUUGUUGAUCGACUUAUACCAUUUGGGAUGGGAAGACGACGAUGUUUGGGAGAAACUUUGGGCCGUGCCAGCGUCUUCAAAUUUGUAACAGCCAUUCUCAAAAAUUUCAACUUGACUGCAGCUGACACAAUUGCUAAAAAAUUUAGCCCCAUUGAUGGGGCUAUACUAUUUCCUUCGCCAUUUACUGUACAAAUAACGCCAAGAAUGCCGGUUUCAUAGGAAUGGCAUUAUUUCUUUCUAUUGAUUUGAGAGAACCAAUGUGAUUUUCAAGAGACCCAGUAGAAAAUUUCAAUAAAGGAUCUCUUGUUGAAGAAACUAAAUUGCUGUAUCCUAUUUACUAUGAAUAAAUGACUUGAAAGUUCCAAACAAUUUUUAUGAAACAAUAGGACAAAUCAUCCAUUAUUUCUAAUUAACUAUGGACAAGAUUCUAGAAUCUAGAGAUCUACAUAGAAAAUAAUCUACCAUUUGGAUAAGAUGAUAUUUGAAGAAGGGUUGAAUCGAUUGUUGAAUCCAAUUUGUUAAUGUUAGGGUUGAAUCUUCCAAUUAGCUCUCUAUGGAGCUAUAAUGACUGGAUGUCAAUUACUUCAAUUUUGAAUUUAUGAAUAAAAACCUUAGAGAUUCGAAUACAAUUAUUCUAUGAGUAGGAUCCAGGUUGGAGGAAUACACAUUAAUGAAGGAAAAUUGGAUCCAAAUAACAAAAAUAUGAUAUUUUAUUCAAAAUUCAUCAUCGAUACAAAAAUACUUCAACAAUAUACAAACAUACAUCUCGUAAUUUCACAGAUCUACAUAAUGUAUUUACACGUUAUCCAUGAAUUUCUGCAACUUUUAAUCAUUGAAUGAGAGAGAGAGAGAGAGAGAAAAAAAUAUAUUAGUAUCACCAGAGAGACGUGAAUAAAAAUAUGAAAUAUACUCUAUAAUAUCAAAUAGCCUAUUAAGCAUGCUUAAAUCAUCAAGUUACAAAUAUUAUAGGUCUCACUAUUAUGCCAGUAGAAACUUGACAAAUUUCAUACUUAAUCAUAUAAAAAUGAUUACUAAAGUUAUUACUCAAGUCCAAUGCAAGGAAGAAAGUAUACUGAAAAUUUUAUGAAAUUUGAAUGACAAUAAGAGAAAAUACCUACCGUACAUGAAAAUCAUAAGAUUAUUACACGAUUAUUUCAUAAAUACAACAUGGGGUUUUUAAAAAAUGAGCAGUAUACUAGUAACAUCUUAUCCAACAAGUAUACUACUGAGCGUUUCUUGAACCGUGCACAUCCAAAUAAACCUGUCUGUUAAAAGUGGGGCUUUUAUAUUACUUGCAUAGCUACCGAAAGAUAACAUCACUAUUUAAUAUAAAAAAGGAUAAUAUGCAAAAUCAUUUAUUGUGUAAAUGACAACGUUUGAGUACAAUAAUGUGAGUAUGUGAUUUUGCCAAGAGCAACGUGUGUUCUUGAAAAAGUUUUUUACCAGCAUUCAAUGCUUACAGGUCCGAAGGGUUUUGGAAAGUAGGACAUGAACUGGAAAUGAGCAUCACAACCAAGAUUAGCAAUAAUCGAAUAGGCUAAAUAAAUGCAACCUUGCAUAAUUUCUGUCUAGUUUCUACUUGAUUCGUCACUAAAACCAAGAGAACACAAAUAUUUUCAUAAUAAAUUUACCAACUUACCAUAUAAUAUAAAAUUUAAAUGAUCAACGAACCUGAUGAGAAACUACUAUACUAGUUAUUUUUAAUAUAGUUCCAGAAAAAAAAUAUAUUUUUGAUCGAAGAAAAACAUGUUGAUGAAGAAAAAUAAUACACUGGAAUAGAUUAAAAAGUUGUAUAUUCUGUACACCAAUGAUUGAACAUAAAAAUGGUAAAACUGUAUAUACCGUAGCUUAAUACGUAUCUGAUACUAACAUUUUCCAAUUUUCUAUGAGAAGGGAGGAAUAUGGAUGAAUUAAAAAAA